AUGCAGAGCGCGAAGCACAGACUGACUCACCGCAGCGACGCCGCCGAAGGCCAAGGCGACGAGGCCGUUCUCUUGCCCGUGCUUGCACCCUCCAAUGCCCGCACGAAGCUCACCAGUUCCCCAGCCCCCAGCAGCCCGCAACUCAAGGCCGCACGCACCGCGAAUGGCUCCGGGAUCGCCGCUUGCCUGUCCCUCACCUGGGCCAUUCUCGCCACCAUAGUCGCUGCGGUCUCGAUCUCGUUACACGUGGCGGAACCUCCGCCGUGGAUCAUAGCCGCCUUGCAACCGACGCCGUCGGAUCCCGGAUCGACGGCUGACGUGCGGAAUUGUAGCGACUGGAUUUCAAAGCCAGCGACAGCGGGCGGUGCUGAAGAUCCGUGGGUUUCAGCCAAGUGGAUACCGCGCAUGUCGCCGUGUCCAGUAGCGGGGCUGCCUAUAGAGGAGCUGGACGAGCACCUCAACUUCCGCCGCGGGUACGCGCUGGGCUUCGUGGAUGACGCGGAGGACAAAACGCAGAUCCUGCCCGUUCUGCGCGCCGUGCUCGACCCUUCAAUGCACACCAAGAAGCGGCGCGUGCUGGUGGACCUGGGGGGGCGGUUCUUCAACACGAGCGUCACGUGGUUCCUGCAGUCGUACCCGCUCGACUUCACUGAGAUUCACGCCGUGGAGGUGCGGCAGGGCGUCUUUCAAGUGCCCGCGCCCAGCCAUAAGACACUACGCGCCAACAUGGGCAAUCGCAGUCGCCUGCGCGCGCUCCAUAUGGGCCCGGCGGACUUCCCUGCAUGGCUGCUCGCCAGAGUGCACUCGCACCACUUCAAGGCCACUGCUCGGGACGACGCUGCGCAGGUGAGGGGGGGUGCGUGGAGGCGGCUGGUGUGGGCUACCCUCUAUCCGUCAACCCAUCAAACCGUGAACCCCUCACGGCAGGGUGUGGUGAAUGUGACGCGGUGGCUGCUGGAGGAGCUGCAGCUGACGCCAGAGGACACGGUGGUGGUGAAGAUGGAUAUAGAGGGGUCUGAAUGGGACAUCUUCAAAGCCUGGCUAGACUUGCCUCUCAUGGCACGAGUAAUCGACGAGCUAUUCGUGGAGGUGCACUACAACCACCCCUCCAUGCACUUCUUCUCUUGGAAGCCGAGCCUCUUUGCACACUCGAGGCGGGAAGCGGGCCAGCUUCUCAACGCCAUGCGCAGUGCUGGCUACUACGUGCACGCCUGGCCAUAA